UUCUUCAUGAGUGAAUCAUUAUUCAGACGCCGUGGUGACGACGGAGUGACUUCACUUUGCACUCAGCACUAAAAUGGCGCUUUAUACCAUAUAAAGAUGAAUCGUACAGGAAAACACCGUGUUGCUGUAGUGGGAGCUGGGGCAGCUGGAUUAUGUGCAGCUCGUCACAUCCUGUCUCGAGCCGAAUCGUUCGAGCCGCCCGUGGUGUUCGAGCAGAGUGCGCGCGUGGGAGGCACGUGGUACUACGAGGAGCGCGUGGGCACUUCUGACGAUGGCCGGCCGUUCCACAGCAGCAUGUAUAGAGACCUCAGAACCAACCUUCCUAAAGAGGUCAUGAUGUUUCCUGAUUUUCCCUUUGACUUCCACUUGCCCUCUUUUCUGACCCACUGGGAUGUCCAGCAGUAUUUAGAGGCAUACUGCAAGAGUCAUGAUAUCACGCCACACAUUAAGUUCAACACUAUGGUGGAAGAGGUGAAACCCAUCUCCAUGGAGACAGAUGAAGGGGGGGGCGUGAGGUGGGAGGUAAUUUUGCGUGGCAUGCACGGAGGACAUAGCACACAGACAUUCGACUCUGUGUUCAUCUGCAGUGGUCAUUACUCUGCACCCCAUUCGCCCUCCAUUCCGGGAAUAGAGUGUUUUAAAGGAAAGGUGAUGCACAGCCACUCUUAUCGCUGCCCAGAGCCUUUUGCCCAUCAGUCUGUUGUGGUCCUGGGUGCUGGAGCAUCUGGGGUUGAUAUCUCGUUUGAGCUGGCUCAAGCUAAAGCCCAGGUGAUUUUGAGCCAUAAUAAGCCAUCCCUGCCAUUUCCUUUUCCACUGGAAAUCAAGCAGGCACCUCCUCUUGUGAAGGUGCUGGACAAUGGCUCGCUGUUCUUCCAGGAUGGUUCAGUGGCCCACGCUCAAGUUCUUCUGCUUUGCACUGGGUACAAUUACCACUUCCCAUUCCUUUGCCUGAAACAGCUUGGGCUGGAGGUACAGCACCACCUAGUGGCUCCUCUUUACAAGUACCUGGUGCUUCCAGCUUUUCCUUCACUGUUUUUUAUAGGCGUGUGCCAAAAAAUCUGUCCUUUUCUUCACUUCCAUUAUCAGGUCCAGUUUGCACUUGCGGCUCUCGACGGCACUGUGCAGUUGCCCUCACGUGAGUUGAUGGAAGAUGAGGCAAAGAGAGAGAGGCAAAGAAAGAUACAGAAGGGUGUUCAGGUGAAACAUCUCCUACAAAUGGACUCUGAACAGUGGGAUUACUACGAGAGUCUGGCAACAACAGCAAGGUUGCCGCCUCCAAAUCCAGUCAUACGGAGUCUCUAUAUGGAAGUAGCGCGACAACGACGGGCAAACCCUCAGACCUACAGAGAGAUCAACUACAGACUGGUUAAUGCCACUGAGUGGCAGAUCCUCAAUGCAGCAGAUGUACAAACAGAUAAUACUUAGUUAGAAAUGUUUAGUUGCAGUUAAUUAAGGCAACUUCCCAAACACUCCAUCAUUUGCAAUUCUUUAUCUGUUUCAUCUGAACUGAUUCCACAGAACUGUUUAUUGCCUCAUACAAUAUUUCACAAUCAAUAUGAAUUGAAGAAUUAAUCACCUUUCAUUGAUUGAAACAAAAUAAGGGCCUCUGAAUGUUCACAGAAGACUGGAUCAUUUAGAUAGAUGCCAUUUUACAGGUUAUAUUGCAAGUAUUAUAGUCUUCAAAAAAUUUCUAGAUAUUCUAGAUUAGAAAAAUCUGCGUUAAUUAUAUAUCCAGGUACAUUGGGACACUAUAAAAUAACAGCAUUUGUUUUCUGUUGCUAUAAAUAUUUUAUGUGGUUUAUAGAAGUAACAUCAUUCCUGUGACAUCAAAAAAGGAGACAGGAACAUAUGCUUUGACUAAUUUUUUAUUAGUAAUAGUACUGUCAUGACUGAUAUAUUACACAUAUUUGAUCUUAAACAUUUAUUAGAUACAAAAUAAGCCCAUAGUUAUCAUUAGAUCAUUACACCAUUACAAAUGUUUAGAAUAUAAUUAUUUUCAAGACUAAUUGGAGGAUCAAGCAGAGAUAAUUGUGUGAGUUUUCUAAAGAAGUAGGUAUGCAGAGGUUUCUACCUAGAACACUGUUAAUUUUAGAGAUUUUAAAAAAUAUAUAUAUAUUUUAUUAUUACCUUAUAAUUAUAAUAUAUAAUAAAAUGUUUGUGAUUACUAA